AUGUCUGACCCACACAUCUCCACUAUCUCUGUCCUUAUCUCGUCAGUUGUUCUACCUACUCCAGACGGCAUCAUAGGUCUUCGCACUCAGAUCCUGGACAACUGGUGGUACGCCCAUCCCAACAACACUGCAGUCUUCAUCCUCACUACUCGCCGCCCGGGCCCUCAUGUAUACAAGUACGAGGUCGCCAUCGUGGAGGAUUGCGGUCAGAGUGACAGGGUCUUUUUGGAGUCUGGCCUUUAUAAUUUCGUCGAGGAUGCUUUACAUAAGAUACUGUGUCGUGUUUCGGAGAUGGUCACGCCGAUGAUCGAUGCCGUUGAAGUUGAGGAGCUGGUUGUCAAGAUCCCUUCCGAAGAUGACAUGGAGGCUCAGAAGGAGAACGAGAAGCCCAAGGAGGUUGGAAAGCCGAGAACUUCCGAUACCGAGACUGAGAUGGCGCUUACGAAUGAGAUCAGGAAAUUGUGGACAGCGAUGGACUGUUCGACAACACCUUGUGCGCUCAAGACCCUUAACAUGAAAGUCUCUGGUUGCAAGACCGCAAUGGUGCAUGACCACUUUGGUAACGGCGAGACCAAGACUGAUGCUCUUCGCAACUUGGCCGACUGCCUCUUCGCCCUGGCCUUUCCGACACUUGCCAAUACCAUCAAGUAG